AAAAAAAAACACCAACAUGUUUGUUAGCAAAAUCGCAUUAAUAUGCAAAUAAGCUUUUCGUUAUUCAUUUUUGUGAGUGAGCCUAAAGGAGCAUUUAUGUCUGUGAAAAUGUUUAACCAAAAUUUACUUUAGACCAAGUUGAGAAAACCAAGCAAAGAGAAAAAAGGGAGGGUUAUUCUCUCUCUAUUUGUGUACGUGAAGUCUUUCCCUACAGGAAUUUGGAAUUAAUUGCAGCCAUCCUGGCCAAGUGAAAGAGCGCAGAAUGAAUGAUAACAAUGCCAUUUAAAGCAGAGUAAUGCUAUAGCCAGCUUUCUUUUUGGUUAACUAUGUUCAUAUUGGAUUCUUUGAGUUUAGCAACGGUUUCCAGCAUUAAAUCUCAAAUUUUAACCAAAUCUACAUCGGCAUAUUCAACAAUUGCUGAGCUGUUGCCCGAAAAGACGACCAUUGUCUUAUUGCCUCCUUCAUCGUCAUCAUCAUCGCAGUCCAAUGAGAUGACAACCCACAAAUGUCUGCAGCAACAAAAACAGCCUGCAGGAGGCCAACAACAGUUGCAGCAACAAUGCCAACAACAAUACCUGGAGGAAGUGGCUGAUGAAGUUGUUGUCAUUAGAAUGCAGUCACCUACACCUACACCCAUCCCAACUCCAACUGCAAGUGACGAAGAAGAACGACGAUCCAUUGAAAACACCAUCACCAACAAUGACAAUAGCAACAAAGGCUUGCAUACAACAAUAACAAAUGUGACAACAAUUACCGGCAACCCAAAGACAAUGGAGGCCCAAGAACAACAGCAGAGUGAACCUGAAAAGUCGUUGGAUUUGUUGCAAAUAGCAACUACAGAAUGCAAAUGCAACGUUCCCACUAUCAACAGGGAAUGUAUCUGUGGCAAAAUACAACCCCCAACAACCCAUUCUUACUCCUUCUGCCACACAUUAGAAUCGCUUAACGACUGCAUAGACAAGGCUGCUAACAAUGAAGACAAACCACAGCAGCAACCAAAUAUACUAAACUUGGCUCAAACAACUCCAGCAGUAGUAGCAACAACAACUUGCCAAGUUUUGGCUAAAGUAUCUGGUGACACCUAUGGCAAAAUAAAUUCUAGCACUCGCAAUCAGAGCUGGCCCACUAUGGUUGUGAGCAAUACCGACAGUGUUAGAGAGGGGCAUGGUGUUUCGGCCAUUUUACCCAAUGAUAACGAAGCUACUCCCUCAACUGGCAGCCAAACCCCAGACUAUUCUGUGACGGUGGGGCAAUCAAUUCCACUAAAUCUCCAUGGCUAUGUAGACACCAAAAAUGCCGGAAAGCAACAAAAUACUGAUAGUGGAAAUAGUGAUAUAAAUGCUUGGGAUUCCAAAGCUGUUGCCACUGCAGGCAAUAGCCAUGAAUUCGACUGUGGCAUUCCCAGUUCCGAUGAUGUUAGUUGUGGUGGUGGUUGUCACCCAACAAAUAAUGCCACCAGCAAUGAAAACAAUGGGCAAUCCAGCACCACUAUUCAGCGAACUGAAAAUUGCCAUGGCUAUAACGAUAGUGGUGGUGGUGGUGCUGACGGUAUUGUUGCAACGGUUCAGUGCGUUUUGUCAACACGCGAGGUAAAUGAAAACAUAGGUGCUACAGGGAAUAAUGCAUCACCAAAAGCUAAUGUUGCUGAUAACAGCGCUGCGGCUAACACUGUCACUGCUGACGAUACUGCAGGAACAACAGUUAUUCCUCCACCACCAUCAUCAUUAACAUUUGUCAUGGCUGAAUUAACGUCAUCCGUUGUUCCUGUAGACAAUCACUAUUCCAAUUCCAUUGCUCAGCCUGGUCUCAGUCACUACGCUGCCACAGAGCAGCAGCAGAACAAAGACCCAGUUGGAAAUGCAAUGCCAUCGCACUUCCAUGUUUCUUGUAAUGACAAUGGCAACGAUGAUGAUGAUGAUGUAUUCCACAGUAAUGCAAAGUCUUCUAAUGGCCAUACCCAACAACCUUUGGGUGAUGGUUCCGUUGAUCUAAUGGAUUUUACUGAGAUAAUUAAUGAUCCCCUGGUGUUAUCAUCUUCGGAGACAUGUUGCCAAGGUAAAGAUACUACGAUGAUUGCUGGCAGAGUUGGGGCAAAUUUGGAUUUGAAAAUUUGUGAAAGAGAAUCAAUUGAAAUGCCUGACUUUCCCCUGCCACCCCAUGAACUGUUAAAUGAUUUGCUGCUAAACGAUUUCGAAGCCUGCCCAGAGGAUAAACUAAAAAUCCCAAAAUCCCCGAACCUUACACAAUACAAUUUCGAAAACGUAACCAUAUUCUGUGACUUGAAUGAAACACUGGAAGAACAAAAUCUCUUGGAAAGCAAAGAGAUACCAGAACCUGCAAAAAGUGCAGCAGAGUCGCCAAAGUCUCAGGCCCAGGGGGCCACCACUAUGCAUGGUGGUGUAUGUGAAAAUAAUGAUAGACUACAAAUGCUUUUAACUAUGAUGAGGGCAGGUCUAACAAGGGGGGCAGACGAUGACAUGAAGGAGAAGGUGAAUGAAACAAAAACACCAGUUACGUGCACAAAUGUUCCCUUCUAUAAUGGGCAAAGCGAUGAAGUUAACGGCAAAGCAAACAUUGACAGAGGCAGAGCUUUUGAGGUUGACGCUCUGCAUGGGAUGACAACAGAGACUAGCGGAGAGUCAAUAAAUCUAUGGCAAAGAGAGUCAUGCGCUUUGGCCAAGUUGGCAGCCAUAGAGACGUGUCAAAAUAAUAAAACACAGCCAGUGAGACAAGUGACAAUUGGCUUGGCAGUAUCAGAAGCAGCAGAACCACCAGUGGAUGUAUGGAAUACUGGAUUUACAACGAAAUCAACACUUACCACAGACAGUUGUGGUGGCAGUACUCUCAUAUGUGAACCAUAUGCUGUAGAAGAGAAUUCACCACCUACACUUUGGAGUGAAUUAAAACUCACCACUUCUACCACCUGCUUCGAUGGUAUAUCCUUUGACAGCAAAGAGCCUGCGAAUAAAGAAGAAAACCAUUACAAAGAUAGAGAAGAGGAGCAGCAGCAGCAGCACCAGCUACACAACUGUCAGUUCACUAGUGCGUAUACGUUUGGGGAAUUUGCAAAAUGUCUGAAACCAUCAUCAGACGAGGACAUUGUCGAAGUCACUGGCGUCGAUACAUACACAAUUGCAAUAGCCACUAAACAAAAUGAAAAUUUGCAAAAAUUUCAUAAAAUCCUAGAUCUAGAGAAAACAACACCCAAUUUUGAAAUAAAAUCAUUGCCACUGCCAAAGGCAGAAGUAGUGCUUAAAGAAAAGUGUACAGAAAAUACCCAAGAAAAUCAAGUGAUUCGAAAAGGUGUUAAAAAAUUAGAAAAAGUAAAAGGCAAUGAAAAAGGAUAUGCAAGUGUAAAAAGUCCUUUAUGUAAUGAUAUACUAAAAAUUGCAAAUGCAAAUGAUACUAAGAAAAAAGAAUACCAAAAAGAAACAAAAGCUAGUGAAAAUAUUAUAAAAGCGAAAUUUGAUUUAUUAAAACAUAAUGAAAAGGUUGAUAAUGAUUUAAAUAAAAUUUGCCAAAAAUCUGGCACAGACAACAAAGGAGUUGAGGAGGCCAACAGCAUAGCAUCAGCAAAAAAGGAUACACAAUUCCAGGAUACCCAGAUCUUUUGGCCAUUACUAAAAUCUAAAGAAGAGCCUAAACUCUGUGUGAAGGCUUUUGGUGGUGAUGUUAGGGCAUUUCCAGCGAUUGGGGAAAAUUUCAAUAAAGAAUUUGUAGAAAAUUGUGAAAUUUUUCCAUUGCCAAAGCCUAAAGAAAAAAUCUAUACCAACAAAAAUAUUUCAAGCUCUUUGGCCCAACAAACAGCAGCAACAACAACAACAACACCGUUGGCAGUAGAAACAGCAGCAGCAAGAGAAGUCGCAGCAGCAGCAGCAGCAGGACUUUGCUUGAAUUUUGAAAAUAAUAUAUGGCCGAAAAACGAAGGCCAGCAGGUGACGACGACGCCGACAACAAAACAAGGCAACGCCGUUGUCAACGACUGCUACGACGCUGACGUCUGCAACGUCAACUCUUACGAAGAGACAAAGCAAAGGCAAAACGAAACGAAGGGACAAUCAACAAAAACAGGGUACAUAUUUAACAGACAUUGUUACAGCAACAACAACAAUACUCACACUACAAAUGCUGCUGUUGAAGAGCCAUAUAAUGAUAAAUGUGGUUUGAAUAAAACAUAUGGAAUUUGUUUGAAAUCCAAGGCUGUAGAAGGUUAUGAAGGUGGUGCUCCCUCUGCUACCUGUUCUCCUCCAUCUUCGUCCUUAGCAUUAUCCCUACGUCAAGAAAUUUGCCAAGCAGAAAAAGAGAAUUGUCAACAUUCUACUGAUAAUGAUGAUGUAUUGAAUAAGAAUUUAUUUCUACCAAGCAACCACAUAUUUAUAGAUCAAAUAAAUGAAGAAGACUGUAGCAGCAACAACAACAACAACAAUAAAGACAAAUGCCCCAGAGGCUCAGGGGAGGAUUUGGCUGAAAAUGUAAAAGUUUCUUGUAGGGGAGAUUUAAUUGAAUCGCAAAAAGCAACAGCUCAGCAAGACAAAACAAAGGAAAUUUGUGAAAAUUCUCAAACAAUUUAUGAAAAAAUUAAAAAAAUUAAGGAAAAUUGUGAACAAAGUGACAAGGAAGGCAAAAUUCUAGAAAUUUUAACUAAAAUUAAGAAUUUUGAAGAAAUUCAGGGAAAUUGUGAAAAAUUUUCCAAUCUCCAAAAGCCAAAGAAUAUAAUACCCGAAAAGGAACAAAUUCAUGAUAAAAGUGCAGAAAUUCAUAAUUCUCAAGUAUAUCAAAAGGAUUAUGAACAAAUUCCCAAAAUAUAUGCAGAAAUUCUUAAAGAUAAAGAAAAUGAAAAAAAUCCACAAGAAUGUGUAGAAAUUCGUACAAACCAAGAAAAACAAAACAAAAAUUCCCAUAUAAACAUCAUAAGUGAAGACAAUAGUGAAAAAAGUGUAGAAAUUUAUGAAAAAAUUCCUAAAAUUUAUGAAAAAAAUCAUAACAAUCAGCCAGAAGUCACUUCAGUAAGUUUAAAUGUCACUGAGGAUAAUGCCUUGGAAAAUUUUGAAAUUUAUUUGGAAAAUCUAAGAAAAAAAUGUAAUUUGGAGCAAAAUUGUGAACAAGUGCUUAAAAAACAACCCCCCGUUUCUAAUAAUAACAUUGAGCUAGAUUAUUUGUGUACCAAAGAAACAAUAAAAGCCCAGGAAUUUUAUGCACCUGCCGACUCCCAUGAUGAAAAGCCAGAAAAUCCCAUAAAAGACAAUUAUGAACAUUUCUAUGAAAAAUUCCCAGAAAUUGAGAGCAAUUUGAACAAAUCCCCAGCUACUAACAGGAAUAUUUGUAAUAAUCCUUUAUGGUUAGCCAAGCCAAAAGGAGAAGAACUCAUUUUGGGGCCACAACAUCAUCAUUGUAAUCAAAAUCAUCGGCAACAAAGACAACCACAACAGCAUUCUCAAUACCAGUGCCAGCAGCAAGAUAACAAAAAGCUGACACAUAACCUCAAUGAGCAGGGUAUUAAGGGAUUAUCAUCAUCAGCAGCAGUAACAACUAUAAAAACAACAACAGACCCCACAGCCAUAAUAACAAAUGUUGAUAACACCAAGGUCUUGGGAUCUCAUACAGCAGCACCUACACCACUUAUUGUCGCCUCACGCCAUAAUGAAGUCGAUUUAAAUCCAGAGGAAUUUGUGGAGGCCAGUCAACGCUUGAAACGUUUACUACUAAACACUAUACCCUUAAAAUUCCAACAACAGCAACAAACAAGUGAAACUACUACUACCACCACCAACACAUCAGCUAUAAAACAAGUGGAUGAAGUGCAGCAACAGCAGCAGGGCAGUGGGGAAAGGACACCAUCACCGACAAGGACACCAAAAUCCUUGAAUUUAGUUAUCAAAAGGCAGAACAUAGAGCAAAAGGACAACAAAGGCAAAGACAAAGGCAAGGCUUUAGAGUUGGGGGGAGGGCAAUAUCUCCCAGCUAAGGACUACCAACACCAUCAGUCACUGCCACCAAGUGAUUCAGAUAGGGUGGUGAUUGUGGUUAAGAAUGCUAUUGCCUUAAGCUCAACGAAGGCUAACAAACUUCAGGCAGACUGUGAAACAACAUUAGAAAGGUCGUUUUCAUGCAAACACCAGCAGCAGCAGCAGGAGGGGCAUGGGAUACUAACACAUAAAAGCCAAGGCACCAACAACACACCACCAAAUACCAACAGCCAUAAUAGCUGUGAUGAGUCUCCAAAGGAACAUGAAGUAAAACAAAGACCAAAAGAGAAACCAAACGAAACAAACAACAAAGAACAGCAAGAAAAAGAAGUAGAAGAAAUUGAAAACACAAAAGGAAAUUUCAAAAAUAAUAUAUUGAGUUGCGAGCUACAAAGGACCAACUCACCACAGGCAUAUGUCACAGCCAAGGUAGUGCGGCUGCGCCAAAACAAGCCUAACUUGGGAGAAAAGCUGCCCACGCUACAGCAACAGCAACAGCAGCAGCAGCAACAGUCCCAAGAAUUGUGCAUUGGCAGCGAAAUUGCAACUGCAACGACAACAGCCAUAGAACACUGUCACCACCAUUAUCAUCAUCCCCAGCACCCUUAUAACAGCAGACUAGACAAUGCAAAUGCAAAUAUAGGGUUUCCCUUGGAAGAGGAUAAAAAUAACAACGACAGCACUUUAGAGACCUACGCCAUAACAACAUCGCCCACUAAACGUUGCAACCUUAAUCUGCAACAUAUUGUCAACACCAGAGAAUUGCUGAGGCAACAGGAGGAGGAACAGCAACAACAGCAAGAAACGCAGCUAUCCUCGCAGCAAGCCAAACAACAAGAGAUAGCAAUUAGGGAAAACCCCCAGGGGCCCUUCAUAUACAAAAGUGCAUUUGUGCCAACAAAACCGGAAAUAGAGAGUCGCUUAAUACCCCGCCGCAGCAACGGAAAUACAGCAAACGAAACUCUCUCCGCCAUCACAGGCCAUCAAGCGGAUCUUGUGGGUCCGGCCGAAUUUGAUACAAAACGCUUCAGUGAAUUUUUACAGCAACAAAGUGGAAAUCCAAUAGACAAAGCACACGUGAAACUUGAGCACCUGGCAACGAGUGUUGUAGUAGGCAGCAGCAAUAGUGAGGCUUACUAUUCCUCUCCACCCCUUAUCUAUCAUUGUUAUGAUGAAUUAUUGCUGGAACAAGAAUCUCAGCAAUUGAACCAAAACUCUCUGAGGGCAUUUCUGGAGACCAACAGCUCAACUGUUGCUUCAGCAAAAGCUGAUACCGCUAAUGAUGAUGCAGAUGCGGAUAAUCAGUCUAUAAGUUCUACUACCUCUUCUCCAUGCGAUUGCCUAAAUUGUCAACUCGAAGAAGACGAAGCCAACAAAAAACAGUUUGCUGAUCCCUUAACCAACAACAACAACAACAACAAUACUCCUCCUUUGCCGCCAAAAUUUGUUACCCCCACCUACGGUCUCGUGGAAACUCUCAAAAUGCGUGAAGUAAACGGUCAGUUGCGUGGUUUACUCAAAAAACCCAAUCGUCCUCCGCCCGCGCGUAAAAAUCGUGUCGUGUUCGAUGAGACGCGUAAUGAAUUUUUCGAAGCCGAUUAUAUCAUUUUGAUACGUGAGGAUUGUGCCUACGACGAGGAGGAUGAGGAGCCCUGCACGUGCGGUGAACACGAGCUGGUGCGUUUGUGCUGCGAGGAGGGUUGUCAAUGUAAUUAUUCGACAACGGCCCCGGCCACCACAGAUGAAAACAAUCGUACACCACAGAGUCCUAAAUUUGCACCACCCAUUGAAUUUGUUGAUGAGGCCGCACUCAGUCCACCCGAUGGCUACAAGGAUAAUGGUUUGAAAAAUACACUUGGAGGCGCUCUAAGCGGCCACAUCUUUGGUGCACAGCACCUGCAGCAAUUGCAAGUCAUACAACGUUUGCAACAGCAAAGAGCUGCCAUGUUGGCAGCUCGCAACAAUACACAAAUCCCGCCACCACCUCCACCCGUUAACCAACAACACCCGUCAUCGCCAGCAUCUGCAGCAGCAGCAGGAGCUGGAGCAGCAACCGCUACACCAAAUAGCACAGCGUCAGCGACAACGGUGGGCGGUGUAAUUGGUGUUGGUGGGACGGGAGCUGCCAACAAUGCCAAUGUGACCACCAUCCAACUGCAGCAACAUUCUCCGGACGAUGAUACCCAAGGUGUGUGCACGGAGUGUGCAGAGUGUGCUGAAUGUGCGGCAAAGCAAUUACAACAGGACACAGAAUGCCAUUCGCCCCAAUGCCAAGAGGACUUGACAUCAGCACCAUUGGGUGUCCCGGCUGUGGCCAUACUGCCAUUGCACACCAGUUCACCAGAACGUCGCAUUACACAAAAGGAAAUUAUAGCUGGCGAAGAGAGGCCCCGCUAUGUCCUGCAGGCUCAAUAUAAAUCAUCACCAGUGACCGAGAGGCGAAUAGUGCGUGAGGCUACCGAGGAUAUGACCAUACCCCAUGUAGGCGGUGUUGCAGCGGGACUGGACGAUGAUGACGAAAAUCUGGUGCCACCAGCCUUGCCUGCCAAACCAGCUACAAUGCAAUCGAUAAAUAAUGUGGACAACAGUGGCGACAACUCAGAGAAGCCACCACCCAUACCACCCAAGGAAUCGUCGCCGACCACCCAGAUAAGUGGCAUUUUGAAAGGAGGUAAACUCUGGAAACAGGAUUCUAUCUCACAGUCUGAUGAUCAAAAUAAUACCACAUCCGAAGAUGAGGCUGGUUCCACCUCAAAUACAAGCACUAAACGUUCAGUGCGUUUUGUGACAGAGGAUUUGAAUAAUAGCUGUGACGACAUCGAUGGGGCCUCUUCCUCCGUGGACGAUGUCAACGAUAAUCAAAUCAAUGAACUUAUACCGAUUAAGAAACAUUCGACACUGUUUAAGAAUGCUUUACGCCCCAACUCAGCUGUUCAACAGCUAUUUCCCAGUAGUGUGGCCCAUCAAACUCUUACCUCAGAAGCUUUGCGAGCUUUCGAUGAAUCGAAGCGGGCAGGUUCAUUGGUAUCCACAUUGCCAGGUGCCGGUGCUGGUGAUUCAGAUACUCUAAGGCGUAGCAUGGAAAGAAAUAUAUUGAGACGUUCGCUAAUCAAAAAAAAGGCCGUGAAAUCCGAUAUAUCGCUGGAAGAUCGCAUACGCCAACUAACCUGUGGCAUAGACGAGGACAACGACGAAUCGAAUGCCGACAAUGGCGAUGAUGACUUUAGCAAAAGCGAAGAUGGCACAGACUUUUCGCAUCGUGAUAGUCCAGCUGGUGAAGAAAAUCCCCAAAAAUUCACUGGUAAUGGGGCAGCAAACAACAGCGAUAAGAGUUUCUCUCCCAACUCAUCGGUGUCCAGCUCGUCUAGUGGUUCUUCAGCUUACAAGAAAAUCACAGAGAUUUUCAAUCGUGACAAAAAGUCACAAGAGAAAAUCAUGGAAAUGGAAGAGAAUCCUAUUGUUAUAAUACCUCAGGAAUGUCGCUGUCCAGCAGCUCCAGAUUUGGGUAUGGGCGUUCAAGUGCCUGUAGUGCAUACACAAAUUCACCGAACUCCUCCCCGACAAACAGAACCAAAGCGUCAAUUCCUCUCCACCUUGGCUCCCCUGACGGCUUGUGUGGCCGGCAAUAAAGAUGACCUAUCCUCAUAUUAUACGCUGGCGGCGGCCCAUCACAAUCAGGCCGCCCAACACAUACAUGCCUCGGAAUAUAAUCUUGCUGCCUUGGUGGCGGGUGAACAAAACUCAGCGGGUCUUGUGGGCCAAGGGGUGGGCGACGAGGUGCGCAAGGUGGCCCCCGACGUUAUUGCCGGCACCCCAGGCCAAGAGCCACAGGAUGAGUUGGCUGCCUUUGCCCAACAGGAGGCCAAUCGAACCGAGAAGAUCAAAAAACGCUACGGCAACGAAGCGACCAAUGCCAAAGAGAGCAAGGAGAAGGAAAAAGAGAAGGAGAGACAAGACAAUUCCGACGAUGAUGAGGGCAACGACUAUGGUUUUAACAAACGGCCCUCGGUGCGAGGAAUUAAACCCAAAUUCAGUUCGACCAAUGAAAUCCUGCAGCAAAUGCAGGAACAGCUUACCCAACAAAUGCCCUCGGUGGCCCAGAGUCAAGCUCUGCCGCAAGCCAUGAAAAGCUACACUCUGCCAAAGCAAUCCAGUACCAGUGCCAUGAGCAAACAGAUCGCCCAGCAGCAACAGCCCUCACCCCAAAAUGUACCCCACCCCACAAUGGUGGCUAACGCUCAAACCCAAUUGCCGCAACAGCAACAACUGUGCAGUGCAGUUGUGCCCCAAAAUGCCAUACAAUUGCCCGCUAAUGCCACAAUUGCCCAACAGCAAACGGAGCAGCGCACCUGGAGUUUCUAUACGGAAACGGCAGGUGGUGCCGGCGGUGAACCGCAACGUCUUCCAGUCGAAACUGCUGCCGCAGCUAUGCAACAGACCUACUAUCAAACAUUGCCGGCGGGAGCCAUGUUCCGUCACACAAUGAUACACCAACAGCAGGGUCCCGACGAAGCCCUAAUGUAUGCCCAAAAUUGCCAAGCCAUGGCCACCACGCUAGAACCCCAGGCGCCGCAACCCCAUUACGGGCACUAUGCCCGUAGUCCAACGCGCCGUCCCGAAUCGCCACCACCUCUGCGUAACUAUCAUCAGACCAUGGUACUGAUACCCUACAAUGCGGAAACCUAUUCACAAUUCGCAGCGACUAACAUAGAUCCCAAAAUGGCACACAUGGCACCGCGGCAGAAUAUUUUGGAAUACCAACAGGUAGGCGAGAUGACACAAGUAACUCAACAGACCAUACGUGUACCAAUUGGUUAUGCCUUACCAGGCAUGCAGUUGCAUGUAGUCGCUGGCCGAGGUCAACAUACCACUGCCCAAUAUGGCACAGCACCGGCGGCGGCUACACAUCAUCAUCAACAUCAACGCAUUAUGACGCAACGUUAUCAAUUCGCACAAGAUGCCACUAUGGCCGGUUUCAGUGAGCGUGGGGUGCCCGAGGGUGCGGCAGCCGUCUCACACAGUGAUUGUACGAGCAGUGGCAUGGUGUCGCCCACAUCGGGCCAACCCAUGACCAUCACACAGCAACAGCAACAGUCACAGCCGCAGCAACAGCAACAAAAUACCCAAAUGGCUCAACAACAGCAGCAUCAGCAGCAACAACAACAAAUGAGUUGUCAGCAACAGCAACAACUGCAACAACAACAACAACAGCAGGCAUCACAGCAACAGCAGCAGUCGCAGCAAGUUCAAAAUAAUGUCCAACAGACCUCAGCUCAGGGCUCCGUGUAUUAUGCGAUGAACGUAUGACCCACAGUGGAUUAGUCAAUAUCAACGGCGGUCAUUGUCGAACGCCGCCAAUGCCAACGCGUAGAGAUGUCCUCGACAUCGGUGCAAUUGAGCACGCGGUAGAGUGCGAUUAAAAUGUCACAGCUAGACAGCCACUAAAAGUCUUGAGAAAAUAAAACCCUUAACACUUGUUAUCUGCUGUUUUGGGACACAAAGAGCAGAAGACAAUGUGGAAUUUUCGAUACAAAAUGAAAAUUAAUAUUUGUAGUCAUCUAUUAAUUGUCCUAUCCCUCAGAGCCUGGUCCAACCCCUUCUAAACCAUACACACCUAUACAUGGUAAAAUCAGAUACAACCACAACACUCUUUUUGCUAAUACUACUACAACACCUGAUUGUUAAAGGAACGAUGAGCUGCCAUUAUGGAAUUUAGUAUGUACUACGUAUGUCUCUUGUCUGUGUUUUUUGUAAUGAACUCCUCAAAUGAAACAAACAGAAAUGGAAAGUUUUUAUAACUCCAAAUGUCUUUGAAGAGACAAAAAAGAAAUAACCCUAGGAAUUCAUAACAUGACAAAAACAAAGAAAAUCAAAAUGAAGAAAGAAAAAGAAAUCCAAUUAGCUAUACUAAGACAUCUAGAGAGGAAUCCUUUGACAGAGAUUCCAUUGACAUCAUAAAGAUCAUAUUUUAGCAAUAAUUGAUUUCCACCACAAUACGCACACUUAAAUGUUUGAUAUGACGAAUUAGUUUUUCGUAUCGUUUUCUUCUUAUUGGGCUUAUUUGUAUUGUUGUUCGUCGUUUUCAUUGUCUUACUAAAUCGUGAUUUAAACAAAAAUUAAAAACUAUAUAAUUAUAUGGAUGUAAUUUUUUUGUUUGUAUAAUUUUAUAUAGAACAACUAUUACAACGAAUUGGAUAGCUUCAUUCUAGUGGUUAGCCUUGGACAACUUCUGCUCAGAGUGCAGAACUUCAUAGUAAAAUAUUUCAAAGGAUUUUAAAGUAUUUCCAAUGGUCACAGGUGAAAAUUGAAGUUCGAUUAUUAAAAAUGAUUAUUAUGACAUUCAUAAACCUAAUAUAGAUGCAAAAGAAUUCAGUAUUGAGUUAUGUAUAUGUUGAAUAAAUAUUGAAUUGACCUUACUGCUAAGUUAAGGUUAAGUUUUUCGGGCACCCGUUAUAAGGACUCAGAGAGUGGUCCAGGAAUUAGAACAAAUUAUGUUACUAUUCAUAUGCGAAGAAGACUUGCGUGUCUCUUCUCAUUGUGUGUUGCAAGUUUUAAGGUGUCAAUCUCUACCAAGAUGUCAAUCUUGCUGCCAGCCUGUGGACGCGCCGUUGAUCCUAGCAGAGCUUUUUGUUAUGAAGAUGAAUACCACGCAAAUUUGUGCUCAAUGUUCGCGUGGGGUGCUCAUAGCCAAACUAUUCGUACUAUUUUGGACACAAUAUACGUGCUAAUGCGCAAAGGAUUUCUCCUAAUCGACCUCUUGGCAACUUUCGCAGAAAGUAUUUGCUUGCCUUCUUUAAGCUUUGAGGAGGUGUUAAUCGCCGUAAUUCGCAUGCUGAAGAGAAACUAAAAAAAAAUUGGAAACAGUGGCAUGAGGUAUUGAACCAAUCCAAAACAUGUCUGUAAAAAGUAUAACCUUUCGGACACGGCUAUAAGAAUUAGGCCCCUUAUCAUUUAACUCUAACACAGGUUUUAUAGCUACCUGUCUGCGAUAGAGCUGGCAAACUAUCGAUAAUAGCAACAUUCGAUAUUUUCAAUAUUUCUAAUAAUCAAUAUCGAUAAUAUCGAUACUAUCUUUAAUUUCCUAGUACCUAUAUUUCAAACGAAAGUGAGAAGCGAAAAUCUGGAGAUUAAUUUAAAUAGAAGCAAUACCAAAGCCCAGACCGAAGUAAACCAAAUUUAACAAAGUCAUUUGGAAGUCACAAAAGAAAUCAUUGUACAACAUUUUGAUGAAAAUUGCGCCCUCUAUAGGCGUAAUGUAUCUUAUACAUUCAGUGGCGUAUCGCUUAUUUUUGUUUAAUUUUGGAAAAAAUUUGACCGAAGUAAACCAAAUUUAACAAAGUCAUUUGGAAGUCACAAAAGAAAUCAUUGUACAAAAUUUUUAUGAAAAUUGCGCCCUCUAUAGGCGCAAUGUAUCUUAUACAUUCAGUGGCGUAUUGCUUAUUUUUGUUUAAUUUUGGAAAAAAUUUAACUUUGCCCAUAGUAUCGAUAGGAAAAUUUAAAUCGAUAUUGAGACAAAAAAUAAAGUAACGAUGAUAUCGAUAAUACCACCGAUAUUUUGCCAGCUCUAAUCUCAGACGAUAUUUCUUGGAACAAUCGUUAUAAAAUUAAAGUCCACACUGAUCCUACUGGAAAAGAUAUCUUUUUGAAAUUGUAAGUGGUUAGUGCUGAGCUAUUAACGAGAUAAAAUGCCAAAUUCUAAGGUACUAGUUGGUCCAUGUACCUCUCGACAGGACCCUAAACUUGGUUACCACGGCAUUUCUAAAACUUGUUGUUGCCAUAUCGUCAUUUAUGGUCCGAUUUCCAACAUUCUUAGUCGAAAAUCCCUACAAAAGAAUUCGCUUUAGGACUCCAAUGUCUAUUGAUCUUGGGUACUUUUGCCUUUUUUUUAAUUUUGCCCGACAUAGGCUUUGUAUUUUAAGAUUCCGAAAGGCAUUUGUGGUUGGAUUUUCCUUAUGAUAUAUGAUUUGGAUAGGUGAUUUAUUUGUUGUUUUAAAUCGACAAUUAUUAUUCGAUUUGGCUUAAAUUUGUACAACGGCUUCUCCCAUGACCUUCAACAUACGUGUCAAAUAUGGUCUGAAUCGGUCGAUAACCUGAUACAGCUCCCAUAUAAACUGGUCCCCCGAUUUUAUUUCUUGAGCUUGUAAAGGGCGCAAUUCUUACCCGAAUUGACUGACAUUUUACACAACGAGAGAUACCGGGCAAAGAACUCGACAAAUGCGAUCCAUGGUGGAGGACAUAUAAGAUUUAGCCCGGCCGAACUUAGCAGGCUCUUACUUGUUUCAAUUUGCAUUAUCGUUUUCAGAAAAAUGCAUCUCUACCAGAGAACUGCAAGCGGUGGUAUUUAUCUGAUUUGCGGUAUACUCAUAAAAAUUCGAUGUUAGCAUCUAUAGCCACCACAAUUGAUGCGUUGUUAUGCUCAGCACACUCAUAUUAGCGGCGAUUGUAUGAGUACUCGUACAUUUAUUUUCAUCGCUUUUAACAUAGUAUUUUUCUAUGGCUGUGCUAAAAGUGAAUAUAGGACAAGAAUGUAAACAACGCAAACACCGCACAACACAUUGACUCGAAUCGUAAUUGCACUAUAUCUUUUGCAACGAAGAGAAAGCCCAUGUAUUUUAACAAAAAUAUAUUUUAAUAUUGCUAGCAUUUAUUUUAUUUUUAAUUUUCAUAAUUUUUGAUGAUUUAUUUUUCAACUGUAUUAUGUUUAAAAAGAAUGUGGGUAUUUGCGUUGUUUUGACAAAACACCCAUUAACCCACCGCAUACACAAGAGACUCAUGAGAAUAAGUACUUGCGGUGGUAGCUGUAACACAGUGGUGCGACUUAAGUUUUUACGCUGCAAAAGUCAUAUAUUUUGAACCGAAUAAGAAAAUUGUAUUGAACGGCAUAUGAUAGAUAAAUGUUUAGCAUCUGAAAUUAAUUUUUGAAAUUGUGCUACGCCUUAUAGAAAGAGAAAAAAUGGCGAGUGUAUAUUUUUUAUUUUCAGUCAAAGUUGAAAAAUAGUGAAAAAAUAAGUACUUUUUAAAAACUGAUUAACCUGGAGCGGCCCCCCUGGGACUUGACCCUAAAUUUUAUGUAAGUUUCGUAUUUCAAAUAACCUUUCAUUUGAUACCCAUUUUGCCCCAAUUGGCAAACAUGUCAUUUUAGAUUCUUCCACUUUUCAAAUAAAAUCUUAUCUAUUACAGGUGCAUAGAUAUUCUUACGAAGCGAAUUAAAUACAAAUUGGUUCCCCUUAACGGCUUAAACAAGAUAUUUGGAUUGUCAAAAAUCUGAAAAUUUCUCUUACAUUUUUUUCGGGGUUGAUCAAUAAUUGUUGGCUAUGCUUUAUUAAAUUCUUUUCAUUCCAAGUUUCUAAAAAUCCUUAGAAUUGUAAAGGAGUCUCCCAAUAGACAUUUUCUGAUUUUUUGUAUAUACUACAAAAAAUCAUUUGUGAAUAGUAAUAUAAAAAUAAAAAAUUAUUAUAAUUGUAAUUAGUACCCAAAUUAACAUGUUUGGCCUGGGCUAAAUGCAAUACAUGUAAGAUUAUUUUAAAUGAAAGGCUAAAUGUUUUUUAAAGAAAUUUUAAUGUAUGGCCAUGACCACUACUGAAAUGAAAGUCUUCUGUAGGGCUAACAUAAGACACGAUUUAAAGAUAAAUAUAGGAAAUAUAGUGAAAAAAAAACAGACAAAAACAGCAGAAAAACAAACAAUAAAAAAAUUUAUAAUGUUAACUGUUUCUUUUUUAAAAAUAAACAGGUGCUUGUUUUUUCAUAAGUUUUGAGAAAAAUUGCUCAAAAAAAUUUCUUAGGUUCAUUUUGUAUGACAAAAAUAAACCAACAAAAUUAAAUUAAAUAAAAUUAAGAAAAGUUGUGUAUUACAGAAAAAAAAAUCAUUUAUCCCAAUUAAAGCCUUAGUCCAACUUUAAUUAUUUUUGUUAGGAUUAUUUUUCUAAGGAUUUUUUCGAAUUUAUGUUUUCCCUAAUUUCUAGAGAAAAUACAACAAUGUUAAGUUUACUAAAAACAAAAACAAAACAAAAAUAAUUAAAUUGUUUACAAAUUAUGUUAGAUACCAAACAAAAAGAUAAAUACAAACAUAUUACAAUAUAAUAAUUUAUGAAAAAAAAAGAAAAAAACAAAAAACAGUGCCAAAGUUAUUUUUAAUAUGGGGGAAAAUGCAUGGUGAAUGCAUUUUCAUAACCAAAAACAAGAGGAAGAUUUUGAAAUAGACAUUAAAAAGAAAAAUAUUUGAAUUUUGAAAAUAGUUUUUAAAGAAAACGAACAAAAAAAAUACUAAAUAAACAUACUAUAACUUCCAGUUAGGAUAUAAAAGAAACCAAAAAAAAAAAAAAUAACUUAAUAAAUGUAACGAUUUUAAAUUAUAUAU